AGACGUUGAGACAAGGAUUACGUGAUCUAAGCUAAGCUAAUUAAAAACCAAAAAGACUUUUUGCCAUUGUCAUUGCCAUGCGUGUGUAUUCGCUACUCGUUGCCAGCGUGGCCCUCUUGGGCCUGGCCAGUGCGCGUCCUGAGCCGCCAGCACCGUAUUAUCAUGGAUUACCUCAGCAGCAAAGUCAGCGCGCAUUGCCACUCAAUGCGCAUCCUGCUGCUCCACAUAUCUAUCAGGCGCUGCCACAGGAGCAGACCUUCGCCAGCUUUGCGCCACAACAAAUGAACUAUCUGCCUCCCAUGCAGCAGCAGCAGCAACAGCAGCAGCAGCAUCAGCUGCAUGAGCAGCUUGCGCCAGCGGACGAGCCCUUGAAUGCCUAUGACGACACCUACAACAUGGCGCAUCGCCUGUCGGGCGUGCAACAUGCCAGCGGCUACAACAAUGCGCCACAGGAGACGCGCGUCCACAAGCACAUCUAUGUGCAUGUGCCGCCCAAGGACUUUGAGGAGGAGGAUGCUGUUCAGCCACGCGUGCAUCACGAAGUGGGACCCAAGCAGAAGCAUUACAAGAUUGUGUUCAUCAAGGCGCCAUCGGCACCAGCGCUGCGUCCACCAGUUGUGCCACCACCACCACAGAACGAGGAGAAGACUCUGAUCUAUGUGCUGCACAAGAAGCCCGAGCAGGAGCAGGAUAUUGUCAUACCCACGCCCGCACCCACCAAGCCAUCCAAGCCCGAGGUUUACUUCAUCAAGUACAAGACCAAGAAGGAGGAGGUGCCCGUCUAUGGACCACCACCAGCUGAUAUGGAGCCACGUCAAGCCACCGCUGAGGACUUUAUGCCCAUGGCCGAUGUUGUCGACGUGCUGCCCACCACUGCUGCACCCGAGGCAGAGCCAGAGCAGCCCUCAGCUGUCUACGGCCCGCCCACAGCUGCUGCUUAUACGCCUGAGGAAGUGCAGACCACGCUGGCCGCACCCGCCAAUCAGUAUCUGCCACCCGCUACAGCGCCCGCCGCGCUGGCCAUCGAGGACCCAUCCAUGGCGCCCAUUGUUGUGGAAGAACCAACUGAUGCGCCCGCUGCUCCCACUGCCAGCCAUGUGCCCGCUGUCAACUACGGCCCACCCAAUCGUUUCUUUCUGAAGAAGCUCAAGUGAAGUGACAGCAGCGCCUUAGCAAAUUUUUUACUUAGACAUAAUUGCGCUCUAACUCACACACCCACAUAAACACACACGCACACAAACGCACACGCACACGCACACGCACCCACA